AUGGCUGGUGCAGGGACGAUUCCCAAUCCCGAAAGCGCGGCAGAAACCGCCAUCGACGGAGGUGCCGCUGCCUCCAUCUUAACCUUACAUCCGGACAUAAUUCAAACUCACGUCCUGACUCGCCUGGACGGCUCCGCUCUUGCAGCGGCUGCCACCACAUGCUCCCAACCCUGCGCCCUCGCCUCCGAAGAAGAUCUCUGGGCCAACCUCUGUCACUCUAUGUGGCCUGCCACCAGAUCUCCACGCAUCCGCCACGUCAUCCGUAGCUUCCCCCACGGCUUCCGCUCUUUCUUCUCUGAUUGUUCUACUAUUCCCCGCCCACUCACCACCAUUCCUAGAAACUCGCACAUAAAUCUCGACCGCACGCCACAACUGAUCUCCGCCGUUGACCUUUAUCACCGCCGACAACUCUUAGGGCUUGUUUGGAGCUCCGUUCAAAACGGGCUUUUAAGCAAGUUCACAGUGGUGGAGACCGAAACAGUCUCCGAUUCGUUCAGGCGCUCGCCCUUCCGGGUGGACAUACUUGAACCAAAAGACGUGGUUCAGACACAGAUAAGAUAUCCGGAGGAUGACGAAGCCUCUCGACAACUGGAGCGGGAGCUGAGGAUGAGCUGGAUAGUGAUAGACGCUAAUGGAGGGCGAGCCAUGAACGUUUUGAGCCCAAUGGCAAUAUGGGCAUAUUCGGCGAGGCGGUCCGUAACGUUCAUGUUCAUAUCGGAUAUGAUGAGCGAAAAAAGACCGUGGACAAGGGCCAUAUCCUGCAGAGUGUGGGUGACGGGCGUGGAGGGGGAGGGUGGGGAAAUGCAGGUGAGCGGGGUGAGUUUGGAGGUGGAGGACAUCGGAGGGAUGGUCAAAUUUAAUGGGGGGGAGGGUUUGGUAAUUUUACAGACAGUGUUGGAGGGUAAAAGAGAGAGUAAGAAACAAGCGAGGGAGAGACGCAUGAGGGAAAAUCGAGAGAACGUGAGUGGGGGUGGAGGAACGUUAGAUAUGGUGCGCGUGAGCCUCGCUAUGCUGUGUUGUGCGGGACUUUUAUAUGUGUUUGGUGCGGGCAGGGCGAGAUGCUGA